CAAAAUGAAGCUCUGUUUCCUUUUGUUGUUGUUGUUUUUGUUAUCAGUUUCCUUCACAUUGUCCUUUGCUGGAAACGUCACCUAUGAUGGUCGCUCUCUCAUCAUUGAUGGCCAACGGAAGCUUCUUAUCUCUGCUUCCAUUCAUUACCCUCGAAGCGUUCCCGCGAUGUGGCCUGGUCUUGUUCAAACAGCGAAGGAAGGAGGUGCAGAUGUGAUCGAAACCUAUGUUUUCUGGAAUGGCCAUGAGCUUUCUCCAGACAAUUAUUACUUUGGAGGACGGUUCGAUCUUGUCAAGUUUGUGAAGAUUGUUCAGCAGGCUGGGAUGUACUUGAUUCUUCGAAUAGGCCCUUUUGUUGCUGCAGAAUGGAAUUUUGGCGGUGUACCGGUAUGGCUGCAUUAUAUUCCAGGCACAGUUUUCCGGACUUACAAUCAGCCUUUUAUGUAUCAUAUGCAGAAAUUUACAACAUACAUAGUGAACCUUAUGAAGCAAGAGAAGCUUUUUUCUUCUCAAGGGGGUCCAAUAAUCUUAGCCCAGAUAGAAAAUGAAUAUGGAUACUAUGAAAACUAUUAUAAAGAGGAAGGUAAGAAAUAUGCCAUGUGGGCUGCAAAAAUGGCUGUUUCUCAAAACACGGGCGUCCCUUGGAUAAUGUGCCAACAAUGGGAUGCUCCAGAUCCUGUGAUAGAUACUUGUAACUCAUUCUAUUGUGACCAAUUUACUCCUACAUCUCCAAAUAGGCCCAAAAUUUGGACUGAGAACUGGCCUGGAUGGUUUAAAACUUUCGGGGGAAGAGAUCCUCACAGGCCACCAGAAGAUGUUGCAUUUUCUGUUGCUCGUUUCUUCCAGAAAGGCGGAAGUGUACAUAAUUAUUACAUGUAUCAUGGAGGAACAAAUUUUGGGCGUACAGCAGGUGGUCCAUUCAUCACAACAAGUUAUGACUAUGAUGCCCCGAUAGAUGAGUAUGGAUUACCUAGACUUCCAAAAUGGGGACAUCUUAAGGAACUUCACAGAGCUAUCAAGUUGUGUGAGCGUGUAUUGCUUAAUGGUAAAUCGGCUAAUAUCUCCCUUGGUCCUUCUGUGGAGGCUGAUGUCUAUACUGACUCAUCAGGAGCAUGUGCUGCCUUUAUUGCUAAUGUUGAUGAUAAAAAUGAUAAGACAGUGGAAUUUCGGAAUGCAUCAUAUCACCUGCCAGCAUGGUCAGUUAGCAUUCUUCCUGAUUGCAAGAAUGUAGUGUUCAACACAGCAAAGGUUGCUUCCCAGACAAAUGUAGUUGCAAUGGUUCCUGAGAAUUUGCAGCAAUCAGAUAAAAGUGUAAAAACUUUUAAAUGGGGUGUAUUGAAGGAGAAAGCAGGGAUAUGGGGAAAGGCAGACUUGGUCAAAAAUGGCUUUGUCGACCACAUCAAUACUACCAAAGAUACCACUGACUAUCUGUGGCAUACAACAAGUAUAUUUGUUGGUGAAAAUGAAGAGUUCUUAAAGAAGGGAAGCAAACCAGUUCUUCUAAUAGAAUCCAAGGGUCAUGCUCUGCAUGCUUUUGUGAAUCAGGAGUAUCAAGGGAUUGCAUCUGGAAAUGGUACAAAUUCAACAUUCACUUUUAAGAAUCCUAUCUCUCUCAGUUCAGGGAAGAAUGAAAUUGCUUUGUUGAGCUUGACCGUAGGUUUACAGACCGCUGGACCAUUUUACGACUUCGUAGGGGCAGGACUAACAAGUGUAAAGAUUGAGGGAUUCAACAAUGGGACAAUAGACUUGUCUUCUUAUGCUUGGACUUACAAGAUUGGAGUGCAAGGAGAACAUCUAAGGAUAUACCAGGGAGAUGGAUUGAAUAAUGUGAACUGGACAUCUACCUCAGAACCACCCAAAGGGCAGCCACUGACGUGGUACAAGGCUGUUGUGGAUGCUCCACCUGGGGAUGAACCAGUUGGUUUGGAUAUGUUGCAUAUGGGAAAAGGUCUAGCCUGGUUAAAUGGAGAAGAAAUUGGAAGAUAUUGGCCCAGGACAAGUGAAUUCAAGAAAGAAGAUUGUGUUCAAGAAUGUGACUAUAGAGGCAAAUUCCUUCCUGACAAAUGUGACACUGGUUGUGGAGAACCUACACAGAAGUGGUAUCAUGUUCCACGUUCUUGGUUCAAGCCAUCUGGAAAUAUUCUUGUUAUUUUUGAGGAGAAAGGUGGAGAUCCAACAAGUAUCAGAUUCCUGAGACGUAAAGUAUCUGGAGUGUGUGCCCUUGUUGCAGAGGAUUAUCCCUAUGUUGGACUCCUUUCUCAUAAAAUAGAGAAUAACAAAAACUUUCCAAUUGCACGUUUAACAUGCCCCAGAAACACUGUUAUAUCUGCUGUAAAAUUUGCUAGCUUUGGAACCCCUUCUGGAACAUGUGGAUCUUACUUGAAGGGAGAUUGCCAUGAUCCAAAUUCUAGCAUAGUUGUUGAGAAGGCGUGCCUAAACAAAAACGACUGUGUCAUAAAAUUAAAUGAAGAGAAUUUCAAAAACAACUUGUGUCCUGGUUUAUCAAGGAAACUUGCAGUGGAAGCUGUCUGUAGCUGAUAAUAAUAAUAAUAUCAAUUCGGGAAGAGUUAAUUGGAACAUUGCA